AUGGCCACCAGCAGCAGCCCUGCAGCGAAGAAGAAGGUGCUAUGGGACCGCGACGGCGUGAAUGGAGGCCUUAGCUCAAUGAAGAUCUUGCUGGACUGGCUCACCACUGAAGGAAAUUAUACUAAGUGGAAGGGGGGGAUUGAGCGUAAGCUUAUCGACGCUGGCAUACGCCAUAGGAAACCUGCCGAUGUACGCGACAAGAUCCAAAAGCUGGAGUUGAAGUACCGUACGGCUGUGGACUGGCUGGCCAAUACGGGACAAGGCGUCACGGAUGAGACGUCCAUUCGAUCUGCCCUCUAA